AUGGAGACUGCGAUUUGUGGGAGAAUAGCUCUCUCUCCCAAUCACGUCUUUAACCCUAAACCCGGGGACAAGAACUCUGUUUGUAGAGGACCAUGUGUCAGCCGUGGGAUUCUCAUGGCUAUAUCGACAACAGGCUCAGGCAAAGGAGGAGGGUUAUUGGAGAAGCCGGUUAUCGAGAGAACCAAUCCUGGUCGCGAAUCUGAGUUUGAUUUGAGGAAGUCAAAAAAAAUGGCACCACCUUAUCGCGUGAUAUUGCACAAUGACAACUACAAUAAACGUGAAUACGUUGUACAAGUUCUGAUGAAAGUUAUUCCCGGGAUGACCCUUGACAAUGCUGUUAACAUAAUGCAAGAAGCACACUACAAUGGCAUGUCGGUAGUUAUUAUUUGCACUCAGGCUGAUGCUGAAGAGCACUGCAUGCAGCUGAGGGGUAAUGGACUUUUGAGCUCAAUUGAACCCGCAAGUGGUGGAUGCUGA